GUCAAAACCCCUCUUGAGUUUCUCAAUCGUCCUUAUUGGAAUGAUUAAUAUGCUAAAAGCCUAAUAAUAGAAUGACCAAGAUGAUCUGAUGAUCUAUCAGUAAAUAAUUUAAAAGAACUUAAUAUUUUUUAAAUUAUACUGAAAUUUUAUUUGUGCAAUUAAAAAAGAUUUACAAAACACAAACUUGAACUGAAGAUCGGAGAGGAAUGAUGACAACUCUGUUAGCGGAUAUUUGUAGUUUUGGACUGUAAAUAGUUUAUCGGGCCCACUUGUUAACCUAGCCCGCUUUGUAUUUGUAUAAAUACGUUGCUUGUGAUUAAUAGAAACCAGUUCAGUUUUUAUCACUUUCUACAUGGUGUCAGAGCCAAAACCCUGGGCACGAUACGUUUGAUUUUUUUCGGUGGUAAUACCGAUCGACUGACCCAAGUCGAUCGUCUCCCUCGUCGGCAACUUGUGUGUGUUCGGCGAUCUCCCUGGGCGAUUCUUCUGCAGAAGCUGCACGGCGACUGAGAAUUUGUCUCGGUUUGGUCCUUUUGUGUCAAGCUUCGAAGAUCUGUCAUGACGUCUACCACAAAGAAAACCCGAUUGAUUCAUGAUCCUUCGACUGAGUAUUAUCUUCAUCCUUCCGAGGGCCCAGGUAACGCUCUCACGAAACAUGUUUUGAAAGGCGAUAAUUUUGAUAUGUGGGAAAAGACUAUUGUUAAUGCCUUGAAGGGACGUAGCAAGGCCAGUUUUUUGUCUCCUGUUGGUAUGCCUAAGCCGACAGAUCCCAUGGAACUUGAGGCUUGGGAAGCAAAUAAUUCUACUAUUUGCAGUUGGAUUUUUAACAGUGUUGAUGAAACAAUUCAACCCAGUAUUGCUUCCCAUACUGUGGUUCAUGAAUUAUGGACAGAUCUAAAAGCUCGUUAUAGCACGGUUAAUGAGCCCCAUAUCUAUCAGUUGGAGAAUGAAUUGCAAAAUCUGCGUCAGAAAGGUCAAACAGUGGUUGUGUAUUACAAUCAAUUUGUCACUAUUUGCAACAAAUUAUAUGGAAUGGAUGAUCCAACAUGUGGAUGCAAGUGUGAGGCGGCAACACACUUGAAGGAUCGGGCUGAAAAAUCAAAAACUCGAAAGUUUCUUUUGGGUUUAGAUGACAAACAGUUCGGGAGCAUACGCGGCCAAAUUCUUGGAACCCGGCCCUUGGUGGAUCUUAACAAGGCGUUCUAUUUAAUCACCCAAGAGGAACGCCAUAAAAACGUUGUUCGUGCUCGAGAUGACCACACGGAUGCCAUGGCGUUUGCUACAACUCGAGCAACCUCAAACGGUCGCCUAGCCGAGGGGGAGGUCGCGGCAACAGGGAGGCCGAAUAGCAGCACAGCCGGCACCUACUGCUGUCGGGCAGCACGGAGGAACGGCAGGCCCGUCAGCCCAUGCAGUAGCCGAAUCAUCCUCCUCUCUCUCUGCACUAUCAUCCGAUCAAGUCGCACGUCUUUUCUCCAUACUAGAAGCAUCCCAUUCCACUCCUGAUAAGUUGCAAGGUAUGUUUCGUCCCACUUCGAGUGAAUGGUUAGUCGACAGUGGGGCCUCUCAUCAUAUGAUAGGAGAUUCCUUGUAUCUGACGGGCAUUAAACCCGUAGCUCCUUGCACAAUUAGUUUGCCUGACGGAGCACGAGUCGUGGCGAACUCGUGUGGACGAGUGCACCUUUCCUCAACUUUAAUUUUAAAUAAUGUGCUCUAUGUUUUCUUUGAUGACCAUUUUUGUGUGAUACAGGACCGAACUUCGAAGACGCAGAUUGGACGAUGUGAAGUG